AUGUCGAACGACUUCACAAUCACUGACCUCCUGCCUCUACCGAACUCCUCGGUCAAGAUCCCGCGACUUGGAUUCGGAGUCUAUCGCUCCCCGGCAGCGCAAACCAAGAAGUCAGCCCUCAAGGCUCUUGAGACUGGAUACCGACACAUCGACACUGCGCAGUUUUACGCAAACGAGAAGGAGGUUGGUGAGGCAAUCCGGGAUUCCGGUCUUCCUCGCAGCGAGCUCUUUGUGACUACCAAGAUUCUCGCACCCGCCGGUUCGCCCGAAGAAACAUAUAAGAAGAUUGCCGACAGCGUGGAUAAGAUUGGCGGCAAAGAUGGAUAUGUGGACCUGUUCCUGAUACACAGUUCGAGCUCCGGAUCGUCAGGCCGGAAGGAGCUGUGGCAGGCCCUAGAGAAGCUGCUGGACGAAGGCAGAACCAAGGCCAUCGGAGUUAGCAAUUUCGGUGUGAAGCAUAUCGAGGAAUUGAAGGAGAUUGCGAAGGUGUGGCCGCCGCAUGUAAACCAAAUUGAGCUUCAUCCCUGGUGCCAGCAACGGGUGAUCGUCGAAUACUGCAAGAAGAACGGCAUAGUCGUCGAGGCUUACUCGCCAAUCGUUCGGAAUUACAAGGCCAACGAUCCUACCUUAGUUGAGCUCGCGAAGAAGUACAACAAGUCGACACAGCAAGUCCUGAUACGCUACGCAUUGCAGAAGGGGUGGGUUCCGCUACCGAAAACGGAUAACCCGGAGCGCAUUGUAUCAAAUGCCGACGUAUUCAACUUCAACAUCGCCGAUGAAGACCUUUCUGUGCUUGAUGGUCUGGAUCAGGGAAGUGCUGGAGCCAUUGUCGAGGCUGUUGAGAACGAGUGA